CUUAAUGGGGCGCUGCGGUAGUAUCACCGGCAUAAGGAGGAGAGGAGGGGGUGAGAGCGGACAGCACAGCCCCUUCUCAGUACAAAGCACUCCCGAUCCCUACGGUGACCCCCUCCCUCCGUCUCUCUCCUUCUCCUCACUCUCCCCCCAGUAACAUGACAAGCCGUGCCCGGUGACCGGUGUCCACAGCCCCGUGUAUAUAGUCUCUCGGAGUGUAUUAUAGCUGCAGGCUCUAUGGGGGAUUACGGCUUCGGGUUGCUGCAGACAGCCGCCGCCGCCACCGGCGGAGGGAGCGGAGGAGGAGGUGCCGGCGGCUUGUUCGGCUCCGGCGGGGGAACGUACCGGAGCAGCCCGCAGUACCAGGCGGGGGGGAGCAGCCCGCAGUACCCGGCGGGGGGGAGCAGCCCGCAGUACCCGGCGGGGGGGAGCGGCCUGUUCCUCCCGGGAUACCCGCCGGUCAUGCCGGACGAGCUGUUGCUGGGGGUGACCGGAGGAAAGCACAUUCGGAAGGAGUUGAGCCCCGGGGAGGGCGCUCCGUACAGCAGGGAGGAGCUGCACCAUCCGGGGGAGGUUAGUCACCCCAAGGCGGAGGAGCUCGGUGUAGACUCGGCUCCCGACAACAAGCUACUACUCCCGGCCUCGCCGUCCUCCUCCUCCUCCUCCUCCUGCUCGUCCUCCUCCAGCUCCGGUGAGGAGGGGCCCCCACCCGCCGGGGACCCCCAUGCUUCUCCCCCUUCCCUGCCUCACAAGUCCAAGCUACAGAUGGAGGCGCAGGGCGGACAUCUCCUCCUAGGGAGCUCGUUCCCCGGACCGGCCGAGCACAGCCCCGGAUCUUCUCCUUCCCUGCCGGGAUUCGGGACCCCCUGGUCGGUACAGACCUCGUCCCCCCCUCCGCCACAGCCGCUGGCACAACCGGCGCCCCACCCUGCCAACCUCAAUGCCCUGCACAGCCCGGAGCCUGACAGCUUCUACCCCCAAAUCCCUUCCUCCAUCAACCCGGCCUUCUUCCACAGCUUCUCCCCGGUGUCUGCCAACCCCUGCCCUGGCAUCAAUGUGCCCGGAUUCCAGAGCCCCUUCUCUGCCCAGAUCAACAUCAGCCAACAGCAGCAGAGCCGGAGAUCCCCGGUCAGCCCGCAACUCAACCCGCAACACCACCAGGCUGCUGCCUACCUACAGCAGAGGAACAACUACAACCACCACCAGGGCGGUUUACAGUGUAAAGGAUACCCGCUUCCGUUCAAAGCGCAAAUGAUCGUAAAAGGCCAUUGUCGUACAGGACACAUAAACCCACCACAAAAUCCUAUUGUCAAGCAGUCUCCAUGGAGCAGCCACCAAGGAAGCGGCUGGAGCACAGGCAGCAUGUCCUGGGGUGGUAUGCACGGCCGCGAUCGCCGAACCUCCAACAUGGGAAUGCCGGGAACAAUGAAUCAAAUCUCCCCUUUAAAGAAACCGUACUCCGGAAACGUCAUUGCUCCACCCAAGUUCACGCGCUCCACUUCAUCCCUAACUCCCAAAUCCUGGAUUGAUGACAACGUGUUCAGGACCGACAACAACAGCAAUUCUCUCUUACCCUUACAGGUAAGAAUGGAUCGGAGCAGAAUGUACGACAGUUUAAAUAUGCACUCCUUAGAAAACUCCCUUAUCGAAAUAAUGAGAGCAGAGCAUGAUCCACUGAAGGGUCGCUUGAACUACCCCCAUCCAGGAACAGAUAGUCUUCUCAUGUUAAAUGCAAGGAGUUAUGGGAGAAGACGAGGUCGCUCCUCCCUGUUCCCAAUCGAUGACGGCUUGCUUGAUGAUGGCCAUAAUGACCAAGUGGGCGUUCUAAAUUCUCCAAACUGCUAUUCUGGACAUCAGAAUGGGGAGAGAAUUGAGCGUUUCUCGAGGAAAGUAUUUGUCGGUGGCCUUCCACCUGAUAUCGAUGAGGACGAGAUCACUGCCAGUUUCCGUCGCUUUGGCCCCCUGGUGGUAGACUGGCCACACAAGGCAGAAAGCAAAUCUUACUUUCCACCAAAAGGUUACGCGUUUCUUCUCUUUCAAGAAGAAAGUUCAGUUCAGGCUCUAAUUGAAGCCUGCAUUGAAGAAGACUCUAAACUCUAUCUGUGUGUUUCUAGCCCAACUAUCAAAGACAAGCCUGUUCAGAUUCGUCCUUGGAACUUAAGCGACAGUGACUUUGUGAUGGAUGGGUCUCAACCCCUUGACCCCCGGAAAACUAUAUUUGUUGGCGGAGUCCCCAGACCACUGAGAGCUGUGGAGCUAGCCAUGAUUAUGGAUCGUCUUUAUGGGGGAGUUUGUUACGCAGGCAUUGAUACAGAUCCAGAGUUGAAAUACCCAAAAGGCGCUGGACGUGUCGCAUUCUCCAAUCAGCAGAGCUACAUUGCAGCCAUCAGUGCUAGAUUUGUGCAGCUUCAGCAUGGCGAUAUUGAUAAACGAGUAGAGGUGAAGCCAUACGUGUUGGAUGACCAGAUGUGCGAUGAAUGCCAGGGAGCCCGCUGCAGUGGGAAAUUUGCUCCGUUCUUCUGUGCCAAUGUCACAUGCCUGCAGUAUUACUGCGAGUUCUGCUGGGCAAACAUCCACUCUCGGGCCGGUCGUGAAUUCCACAAACCGCUGGUGAAGGAAGGAGCUGACCGGCCCCGUCAAAUCCACUUCCGCUGGAACUAAACUCUGCUUAACCCCGCCACUCACUGAGAGAAGGGUGCAUGCGGCUUACUGUGUUUAAAGAUACUGACGUGCAGAAGGAAUAAGUGCAUUCUUCUGCCCCCCCCCCCCCCCACCCUCUAUACGUGCAUCUGUAUCAGCAGCCAAAACACUAAAAGCCUCUCGUUUUUUUCACAAAACAACCCCACAUCUCAGGCUUACUAAUUCUUUGUGAUAUUUUUCAUGUUAAAUUUUUUUUAUAUUUUUUUCCAAGUUCUUUUUUAUAUGUAAUGCUGAAAUUAGAAUAUGAGAAUGUUCUGCAUAGGGGCAACACAGUCUGCUGCUAUAAAUAUAUAUAUAUCUAUAUAUCUAUAUCUAUCUAUAUGGAUGAAGUGUGCACUUAUUUCUAGACGUGGAUUUUUAACUUAUCAGAUCAGCCCCAGUUAUUUACCAAAGGUAGCAAUUAAUAGUGAAAAUGGAAAAUGUCUGCUACUAAAAGAUUAUUUUUAUUGUUGCUAUUUUAAGUGUGUAUGUAAAUUUGAAAAAAAAAAGAAAAAAAAAUAUAGGGUUGAUUUUUUUCGCUCUCCAUUUUGACUUGCAAGAAAUAAUACCUCAAGAUAAUCUGAUUUUUAUUAGCUAUUUUUAAACAUUUUUAAUCAUAAGCUGUAUUAGCUUUGCUGCUAUAUAGGUGUUGUGUGUAAUGCCACCUAUUUAUACAGGAUUGAAACGUUUUCAGAAACUGCAUUGUGGGAAAAAAAAAUGCAGGCAGCACAAUAUGGCUAAAACUGCCAUAGUUUUAGAAUGUGAAAUAUGCAUGUUUACCUACCUGUCUACACCAUAUGCAUGCACUAGAAAUAUUAACUAACCACAGAUACGGUAUUGCAGAUAAAAACGUUAAAAAUAAAACAAAAAAAAAAAAAAAGCAGAAAAAAACACAGCUCUUUUUUGAAACUAGGUACAGUAGCAUGAGCAAAAUUUACAAAACCUUUUUUUGUAACAAAGCAUAUUUGCAUGACUUGUGACUCAAAGUAAAACAAAUGUCCUUAAAUGUGUACAAUAUGAAGAUUUGUUUUAGAUUAGUAAGUGCAGCCAUUUAUUGUCCUGGUCGGUAGUGGACUUCAGUUUACAAGGAUUGGAUGUAAUAUUGUAAUCCCUGUGCAGUCCCCAUCGUGAUGUGUGGUUCUGACUUUCGUGACGUGAAGUAGUGUAGCGAAAAACUGGAACACAAAAAAAAAAAAAUUAUUCAAAAUAUGAAAUUUUGCUUUUGGAAAAUACGUAGCUUACCCUUUUUGCAAUUUAAAUCAUUUUUAAAUUUUAAACUUGGUUUAAAAACUUUCUUUCAAACCAAAGAUGGCCAGCACACUUGUAAUCUGCCACCAAAUGUAUAACACGCAAGCUAUUUAUUGAAACUUAGUCGGUAGAAUUUAAUAUUGCUAUUAAUGAUGAUAAAAAAAAACUGCUUUUGUGCUUUUAGAAUAAGAUUAAAAGUCAAAAUGGAGAUGGUAUAUAACAGAUGGCUAGUUGCAUAACGGGCUCCUCUGUACCUUCGAGACAACAGUGGCUAAAAACGUUAUUUUGAAAUUGGUUUUGUCUGCACGCAACUUUUUGUAGCUUUUUCUAUUUUUUUUUAUCUUUGUAAUAAUAAUUUAUUUUUUUUAGUGGAGCAAGGCUGCUAAAUGAUCGCACAUUCUGUUUUUUUUAUUUUUUUAGUAUACACAUAAUAAAUAUGUAUUUAUUUAAGAAGCCAACAGUCAAAGAAUAAUAGUUUAGUCUUCAAAUAUAAAAUAAAUAAUAAUUAAAUAUUAAGCCGUGAGGUUAUGCAACUAGCCUAUGACAGAUGUCAGUCUAAAAAAAAAAAUGGACUUGACAAUUUUCACGCCACAAAUUUUACCAAUUUUAACACAGAAAGAAUAAAGAUAAAAAAUGGGUUUUCUUGAUAAACCCACGGGACAAUCUUCUGUGUACGAUGAAAGAAAAAUGCGUUAUUACUGGUUGUCAGCAACGUGCUUUUUUUUGUACUGUACAAUAUGUGACUCGUCUCACCUUGCUGUUUUUUGUUGUGGUUGUAGUUCACGUUUAAAUGUUUAAAAUUGUUGCUGUUCUGAAGAGUGUCUCUAAUUUAUUUGUUGAUACCCCCCCCCCCUUUACCCAUUUCUUGAAGGGAUUUCCUUCCUUUUCCUUGGGUCUGUGUUAUUAAUAGUAUUUUAUCAACCUUCACUCUUCUCACCUAACCCCAAAACAAUUCUGACUUUGUCAUGCACUAUAUUUUAUAUCUUGGAGAGAAAUCUUUGAACGUCAGCUGUUUUGACACCUUUGUUUUAAUGAACAUCCCUUUGCAAUACCUUUUUUUUUUUUUUUUUUUUGGAUGACCAAGAAAAUUAAAAAAAAAAACUUGCCAAUUUAAACUAAAUUGAGAGGUGCAUCUAAAAAGUGAGAAAAUAAAAUUUUAAAUGAAGUCGAAAUGGCCCCUUCCUACUAAAUUUAGAAGGG